GGCGGUAUGCCAGGCAUGAGCGGUAUGCCAGGCAUGCAGCAUCCCGGCAUGAUGCACCCCAACAUGCCCAUGGCCAACAUUGGCAUGCCUGGCGUUGCCAUGCCAACCAUGCCGCCGGGUAUGCCGCCCGCGCCGUUGCCGGGCGCGCCGCCGUUACCCGCCGCGCCGCCGCCAGGCGGGGACUUCAACGCACCCAUCUACGAUUUGCAGCAAAUUGGCGAUGUCUACACGGGUCCUGGCGCCAAAUGCUCGACACUGCCAGCGAUCCUCGGCGGUUCGCUACCUCGUCUCUCCAGCGAGCAGGCGGACGCGGUCGCCCGCGCCAAGAAGUACGCCAUGGAGCAGAGCAUCAAGAUGGUCCUGAUGAAGCAAACGCUAGCACAUCAGCAGCAACAGAUGGCUUCGCAGAGGACGCAGGUGCAACGGCAACAGGCGCUGGCCCUCAUGUGCAGAGUAUAUGUUGGGUCCAUCUCGUUUGAGCUAAAGGAAGACACGAUCCGGCAGGCGUUUUUGCCGUUCGGCCCGAUCAAGAGCAUCAACAUGUCAUGGGACCCUGUUACACAAAAACAUAAGGGCUUCGCAUUCGUCGAAUACGAGAUCCCGGAAGCGGCGCAGCUCAGCUUGGAGCAGAUGAACGGCGUGAUGCUGGGCGGGCGGAACAUCAAGGUCGUGGGGCGGCCCAGCAACAUGCCGCAGGCGCAGGCCGUCAUAGAUGAAAUACAGGAAGAGGCAAAGCAAUACAACCGUAUCUACGUAGCGUCAGUUCACCCGGAGCUCAGUGAAGACGACAUCAAGAACGUGUUCGAGGCGUUUGGACCAGUCACGUACUGCAGGCUCGCGCACGGUGCGCAGGCCACGAGGCAUAAGGGCUACGGAUUCCUAGAGUACGCAACAUUGAACGCCGCGCUAGAAGCCAUCGCGUCGAUGAACCUGUUCGACCUAGGCGGGCAGUACUUGCGCGUGGGGCGCGCCAUCACGCCGCCUCACGCGCUCUCAGGCCCGCCGCCGCCGCAGGCCAUGCCUACCGCCGCCGCUGUCGCCGCGGCCGCCGCCACGGCCAAGAUACAGGCGAUGGACGCCGUAGCCAGCAACGCAGUAGCAUUAGGUCUCACGAAGCUGAACGCCCUCGGCGUGCCGCCGGCCGCCGCGCUGCCCACGCUGGCGGCGGCGCUGCCGGGCGCGCUGCCCGCCAGCCUGCCCGUGGCGCUGCCAGCGGCGCUGCCAGCGGCACUGCCGGCCGCGCUGCCCGUCACGCUGCCUGCCGCGCUGCCGGCCGCGCUGCCGCCGCCCGGCGUCGUCAUCCCGCCGCCGCCCGUGUCCGCGAGACCACAGCCGCCCCCGCAGAUCCAACCGCCGCCAGUAUCAGCCGCGUCCGCCGCCGCGGCAGGCGAAGCCGGCCUCCAAGCAGCCCUACAGAAGAAACUCCUAGACUCCUCCCCCGACACGCUGCAGCAGCAGGAAUCCCUGUCCAUCUCCGGGCAGUCGGCGCGGCACCUCGUCAUGCAGCGGCUCAUGCGGCGCCGCGUGUCGCGCACCGUGCUGCUCGCCAACAUGGUGGCGCCCGAGGAGGUCGACGAGGCGCUGCACCACGAGAUACAGGAGGAAUGCGGCAAAUGGGGCGCGGUAGAAAGGCUUGUGAUCUACAACGAGCGGCAGAGCGAGGACGAUGACCCCGCGCACGCACUAGUCAAGAUUUUCGUGCAGUUCCAAAACCCUGAAGAGGCGGCAGCGGCGGCGGCGGCGCUGAACGGGCGAUACUUUGGCGGCCGCACCGUGCGCGCCGCGCUCUAUGACCAAGAGCUUUUCGACCACGGCGACCUAUCCGGCUAGUGCCCACCCUCACCACUAGGUGGCGCUAUGUAAAUACUCCUAUUAUGUAUUAGGUUCAAAAAUAAUCAAGACGGAUGCUA